UCUUCCACCCCUCUCCUUCCUAGUAAACAAACCAAUGGCUCUCCCCGAAUCUAACCAGAUGGCGCCGCUGCUGGUCGUGUGCCUCCUUUUCGCCGGAAUAGCGGCUGCCGCGGCGCAAAACAGCGGCUCCGUUGCCGGCGUCGUAACGCAGAGCUUCUUCGACGGCAUCAUCAACCAGGCCUCCAGCAGCUGCGCUGGCAGGGGGUUCUACACCCGCAGCGCUUUCCUGACCGCAGCCGGCAACUACCCCCAGUUCGGCAGCACCGGUUCGGCCGCCGACUCCAGGCGCGAGAUCGCCGCUUUCUUCGCCCACGUCACGCACGAGACUGGACAUUUCUGCUACAUCGAAGAGAUCAACGGCGCAUCGCAAAACUACUGCGACACGAGACGCACUGAUUGGCCGUGCGUCUCCGGCCGCAACUACUACGGGCGCGGCCCCCUCCAACUGACCUGGAACUACAACUACGGCCCGGCCGGCCAGGCCAUCGGCUUCGACGGCCUCCGCGCGCCGGAGACAGUGGCCAACGACGCCGUCAUCUCCUUCAGGACCGCUCUCUGGUUCUGGAUGAACAACUGCCACUCCCCCAUCACCUCCGGCCAAGGGUUCGGCGCCACCAUCCGCGCGAUCAACGGCGACCUGGAGUGCAACGGCCGUAACCCGACGACAGUCAACGCUCGUGUCGGCUAUUACACGGAUUACUGCCGUCAGCUCGGCGUUGACCCCGGCAAUAAUCUCACUUGCUGAGCACAGCUAGCUAGCUCGAUCACUGCAAUAAUAAAUGAUGAUUCGGCAAAGACGACUGAGCUACAAGAUCUUGUAGCGAGCAAUAAAUUGUCGAUUGUGUUGACAUAAACUAUGUAUUUCACUUCUAAAAUAAAAAUAAAUGUGCUUCAAAGUGAAUUAUUAUAUUUG